AUCGAAUAUCGUUGUUAUGUUCAAAGUUUACAUCCCAUACAUCUGUCUGAUCCCAAAGGUACGAAGGCUGAAUCUCACCUAAUCAAAACCCUUUUAAAGUUGGCUUUCUUGCAGAGAGAUUUUCCAUCCCGUACAGAAGCCCGAGAAUAGCCCAGUCUAGCCUCGCUCAGGCAGAAUGAAGAAAAAGGAUUCAGGAAAAGUGAGGCCCCGAGUUAUAUGGGAUGAAGGAAAUUUGGAGGAAAUAGAAGCCAACAAACCUGUAAGGCAGAAAAUUAUUGAGCCCAAAACUCCAUACCAUGCUCCAGGAUAUGAAGAUGAAUUCAUGUCAUUAUCAGAUGAAGCCAGAAAUCUAGAUGCUGCGGCACAUGCAGAGUCCAUACAAAUUGCAUUGAGUAAAGUUGAAAAUAUCAACAGUGAAAGGAGCAAACAUGGUGGCGAUUGGACUGCUUCUGGAGAUGAGGCAGAGGACAUGGAACAGGAUAGGGAGGUUCUUGAUGCAGAUGGGAACAAGCUUUUUAAAGAGCUCAGGCGAUUGCAUUAUGAUGAAUACUGGAAGGUUAAAGAAUUGAACCAGCAGCAUUCUGUAGACAAUGAACCUGUUGAGGAGAACGGAGAAGAAAGGUCAUUCAACUGUUCGAAUCAUCAACAGGAGCCAAUGGAGGAUGCUCUUUCUCGUUUGGAGAUUUUCCGAGGAUGAAGUCUGGAAGAAUGUACAUAAAAUUUGUAAGAACAAUAUUUUGUAGAUCUCGUACAUUGUAAGCUUCUAAGAUUAAGAACUUGAAAAUACUUGAAGACUUUUAUAGGAGCAUAAGCCACAGUUGAUGGUUUUACUAACCUGCAAAUGCAUGUGGAUAUAUGUUUGUCUUUCACUAAAUUGAAUUUUCAAAUAAAGAACUGUUAGGUAGAAA